AGGAUCGAGAGAGUGAUGGUGGAGCCCUGGGCGGCCAAAAAGCUUCCAAAGCAGCGCAAGAGUGAGGCCGGAGCAGAGGGAAAAGCAUGGCUUUCCUUCGUCUACAAAUACCCACCUCUCCUCUCCUCAUUCAUCAUCAGUAAACCUCUCUUCCUCCGGGAAAGAUCUCAAGCCAGCUGCCUUGCUGCUUUUGAGAGCUCUCUUGGAGAAGAGGGUUUGCUGGUGGACCGAUCGAGAAGAACACCUCCUAUCUGUUCCUUGCAACCGAGAGCUAAUUACUUUCAGUCUUGUUUAAAUUUAAAUAUGACGGUGGCUGUGAAGCAAACUCCCUUUCAUCACUUUGAGAAGUACCUGCGAACGGCAGUGGACAAAUUCAAUAACGACGCAUACGAUGAGCGGCCAGCGCAAUCGAACGUAGGGAACGCAGUCGAGUCGGAGAAGGCGGCUGAUGGGCCGGUGGACGAGCCUUACGUUCACCACCUGGUGCGCCGAUCCUCCAGCUCGAUGAGCCUGAAGAGCCUUCAGAUAUGCACCGAGAGACUCGGGUCAGAGACCGGCUCCGACGAGCUCUCCGACCAUGAGUUUGACUGCGUCGAGAUGGAGGGAGACGAAGAGAGCAAGAAGUAUGAAUAUGUGGAGGAGAAGGUCACGCUCGUGGAAGAAAUAGAGGAUGGUCUGUUCGUACGACGCCGAGCGAAGGAGAUGACGGAGGUGAACUACCAUUGUUCCUCUGUUCGUCUGAGGUCGCUUCCGAGGUCUUUCCCGCCGCCGCUUCCAUCCAUCUCCCGCCGUGAUGGUCCGUGCCUCCACAUGAGACCCCACCGCCGCGACGGUCGCCUUGUGGUCGAGGCUGUGGCCGUGCCAUCCCGGAAUUACCUCCACGCGCAGCGUGAGGGUGGCCGUCUAGUCCUCUGCUUCGUGGAUGCCUCCGUCGAUGGUGCGAGAUCGAGUGAUCAAAUUGGAGAAAACAGAGCGGUGGAGUUUGCUGAGUUUGAACUAGAAAAAGAAGUGGAACCAGAGAAGGAAGAGGAGGAGGAAGACGAAGACGAAGAAGAAGAAGACGAUGAAGAAGAAGAAGAAGAAGAGGAAGUGGAAGUGGUGGACAGAGGAACCAUGGUGGAGGUCAAAGUGAGCACACAACCGCAGCAACAGAGCAGCAGCAGCACCAAGAAGGUCCUCCGCUCUUCGCUCGUCAUCAAUAAGUUCGUCAGCGGCACACCCGACGAAGAGGCCAACAACACUGCCGCCGAUCUCAUCCAACCGCAAAGCUCGCCUAAGCGGCCGACGACAGCCACCGCCGCUGCCGCGGUGGUGGCAGCCUCCACCCUCAGCGCCCGCAACGAGCUCAUGAGGGACGGGGCGAGGCCGGUGCCCGGCAAUGCGCAGAUGGAUAACACCCUGCUCUUCACGUCCAAGCGGGGAAACCGCGACGCAAUUCUGCGCAGCAUGAGGCGGUGCAGCCAGCUCCGGCGGCCACUCUUCUUCUGGGAGCCCUGUUGCAUUGCCACAACCUCUUGAUCUCAGUCAGCUGCCAACUAUCUGACAUUAAUCUACGUAAUUAAGUUUGAUAUAAGUAUGGCAUCAUUACCUAGUAUUUGUCGGUCUAAUAAGUAAUUAAUUAGUAUUAA